UGUGAAAUUGAUGCUAAACUGAUAGCCAAGAUCCCACUGUGCGAGGGGAUGGAGGACUUUCCGGCCUGGCACUUUGACCCCAAAGGGAUCUUCUCAGUGAAGUCAGCUUAUAAACUGCAUGUGAAAAUUUCAGAGAGAGAGUAUAUGAGAGAUGCCGAGUCCAGCUAUAACUCUAUAGGAAAUUUACAAAACUCAGGGGAUCGUUUUUGGCUCAAUAUUUGGUCACUCCCGUGUCCUAGUAAAAUCAAAAUGUUCAUUUGGAGGGUGACUCAUAACAGCCUUCCAGUGAACAUGAACUUGAAGAGAAAAAGGGUCAAUAUUGAGGACACCAGAUGCUUCCUAUGCCAUAGGCUUGAUGAAGAUGGAGCUCACUUGUUUAUAAAAUGCAAAAGAGUGAGACAAUGCUGGAGAUUGCUCAACUUGGAGACAGUAAGAAGAGAUUUAGAAGCUUGCAGCUCAGCCUCUGAUGUGAUUCACAAAAUCUGGUGCCUGCCAGUGAAACAAUACAUGCUCAUCGUGGUGAUGUGGUGGAUGUGGUGGGAAAAUCGAAACAAGAUCAGAGAGGGUGACCCAGCCUGCUCUACUGAAAAUAUAGUAUUCAGAGUUCAAAGCUACACGAAGGAAUACUUGAACCUUUUCAAGCCGGAGAAGUCAGUUAUCCUUAAGCCUGUCCCAAAGUGGAAACCACCUCAGCAAGAUCAACUUAAAGCUAAUGUGGAUGGAGCUUACACUGUGGGAAAUGACUUUGGUGGCUGGGGUGUUAUCAUAAGAGAAGCUUCUGGUCAGAUCAUAGCAGCAAGAGCAGGGAAAGUUCAGAAUGUUGGAGAUGCAUUCACAGCGGAGCUACAUGCGGUUCGAGAAGCUAUUAGUCUGGCUAAUCAACUGGGAAUUGGUAAUUAG